AUUAGGGUUUUUGUUUCUUUCAGAUAUAUACCCAGGAGUGAAAUUACUGGAUCAUAUGGUAGUUCUAUUUUUAGUUUUUUUGAGGAACCUCCAUAGUAUUUUCCAUAGUGGCUGCACCAAUUUACAUUCCCACCAACAGCAUACAAGGGUUCCCUUUUCUCCAUAUUCUCCCCAACAUUUGCUAUUUGUAGACUUUUUGAUGGUAGCUAUUCUGACAGGUGUGAGGUGAUAUCUCACUGUGGUUUUGAUUUGCAUUUCCCUGAAUGAUUAGUGAUGUUGAGCAUCUUUUCAUGGGCCUGUUGGCCAUGUGUAUGUCUUUGGAAAAAUGUCUAUUCAUGUCUUCUGCCCAUUUCUUAAUCAAGUUGUUUGUUUUUUUAAUGCUGAGUUUUAUGAGCUGUUUAUAUAUUUUGGAUAUUAACCCCUUAUCGGUCCUAUCAUUUGCAAACAUUUUCUCCCAUUCAGUAGGUUGUGAAACUAGUCUUCUUGCUUGAAAAUGCUGUAAUAACAUCACUUGGGGCAGUCUGCAUUCCCCUCAAGAAUCACCCAGCUGAGUGCUGUCUGACCUACUUUUUACCAGCAGACCCAUCACUACGAUCUCAUCAUACUCUGGCAAAGAAAGCACAAACUCUGACUGAAGAAGAAAUAACUUACACACCAAAAGAAUUGCAAGAUUUUGCUAUUAAAUAUGAGCAAAAGCCUGGGGAAUGUGUGUGGACGUGGAUUCUAAGAAUGUGAGAUGAAGGAAAAACACUAACUACCUUGGGCCAAAUUUACUGAUACGGGUGUACUUAUAUUGAUAUAUACUGGUUUUGAUGUGUUAGGACAUAUAGCUGGACAUGGCUCUAUACUUGAUGGGUUCACCAAAAAAAACUCAGUGGUGGCCUUCAUUUAAUGAAGUUGAGAUACCAAAGCUUCCCUGGCUUUGUGCAGAGGGAAUUCAAAGACAGGGAGAUAGGAGUGUCAGAGUAGACAUAUUUUGUGUGACCUGCGUACCAUCCCCCACCUUCCCUAACUACACUCCCUGAGAGCGCCAGCUUAAAACAACAAACAUUUAAUAUAUCUCACCGUUUCUAAGGGUCAGGAGUGGUUUAGCACUGGCUCAGGGUCUCCCACAAGGCUGCAAUCAAGAUGUUGGCUGAGACUGUAUUAUUUAAAGGCUUGCCUGGCUGGGGCUGAGGGAUCUGUUUCCGAGAUGGUUCACUCACGUGGCUCUUGGCAGGAGGCCUCAGUUUGUCACUGCAUGAGCCUCUCCACAGCAGUCUGAGUGUCUUCAUAUCACAGCAGCUGGCUUCCUCCAGAGCAAGUGACCCAAGGGAGAAAGAGCAAGGCAGAAAAGCCACAAUGUCAUGCAGAGACUUGGAAGUGAGGCUGUAUUCUAUUGAUCACAUGGACCAACCAUGAUACCUGUGGGAGGGGACCACACAAGGGCAAGAAUACCAGAGGCAGGGAUCCCUGGGAUCCACCUUGAAAUCUGGCUAUCACAGCAGCUUGGCCUUCCACCCACUAACUUUGCUGUUUUCCUUCCCUGUAGACACUCUUGUGAGGCUUCUGAGGGCCAGGCUCAGGGAGUCAGUCUGAUCAUGGUUUAGUGGAGGUUUGGUUUAUGCAUCUUGGGAAUGUGUUGAAGUGAUGGGCUAAGAACUGUGUGAAGAACUUCAGUGAGAGAAAUUAAUACUGUGCAUUUUCCCCCCAACGUUGAAGAUUAUAGUGGGACCAUGGAUCUGUUUGGAGACAUAGAUGACAUUUCUUCAGAGAGUGACGGGGACAAUAAACCACCCAUUUCAGGACAGCCUGUUACUGAUGGACGUGGAGUGCCUCAGGACCAGCAGGAGGAAGAGCCAAUAUCUGAAACCAAAAUAGAAGUAGAAAUUCCCAGCAUCAACUCUGAUUUAGGAAAUGAAUUGUACUUUGUUAAACUACCCAAAUUUCUCAGCAUAGAACCCAAGCCUUUUCAUCCUCAGUAUUAUGAAGAUGAAUUUGAAGAUGAGGAAGUGCUUGAUGAAGAAGAUAGAACCAGGUUAAAAUUAAAGAUAGAAAAUACUAUACGAUGGAGGAUACGCCGGGACAAAGAAGGAAAUGAAAUUAAAGAAAGCAAUGCUCGGAUAGUCAAGUGGUCCGAUGGAAGCUUGUCCCUGCAUUUAGGCAAUGAGGUGUUUGACGUUUACAAGGCCCCGAUGCAGGGCAAUCACAACCACCUGUUCAUUAGGGAAGACACUGGUCUGCAGGGACAAGCCAUCUUUAAGUCCAAACUCACUUUCAGUUGCUGUCCCUCAGGGAGCCAGUUCACGCUAUGGAAACCAACAUGAGCCCGCCCUACAAACCAGAAGACCGGUUAUUAACUCACAUUGAUUGACGCACCUGACCUCAGGCUACAGACUAUGCCACACAUAGAAAGAUGACCCUGCCACUUGCUAAUAGAUGCUCGAAGACACAGAAGAUUAGAAUCUUACCAAUAGCUGGUCGUGAUCCUGAAUGCCAGCGCAGAGAGAUGAUUAAGAAAGAAGAACGUUUGAGGGCUUCUACUCACCAGGAGACCAUCCAUCUGCGGGAAAAGCAGAACCAGCGGGGGCCAAGUGCCCUCUACCAGGGCCCCAGCAGUGAUGAGGAGGGUGAAGCCAGCAAGAGCCAUGGCCGAGGGGAACGCCGAGGAGGUGAACCCUCCAGAAAGAGGAAAGCAGGCGGCGAAGAAGAAGAGGAUGACUGAAGCAUGAAACGCGUGCUUGCUAAAAACAAUUUUUUAAGUGAAGUGGCAUUUGAAAUGAAGAGCAAAACUGGACAUUACCGAACUUACAGAGAACGGAAAUUGCUAUGGAUUCUAGAAAAACAAUGAUCCUUGUAUCUGCUGGG